GUUAGGACACAACUCUCGACACUCAAUGGCCGAAAGCAAUAACCCCGUACCACUCAUUACAUUCAUACCAGUCGUUAUAUGCUGUAUAGCGAUUGUGCUACUUUUACAACAUAGAUCUUCACAACAGCGUGAUCGAGUCAAUGAAGCGGACGCUGCUGCAAUAGCUCAAUUAUACCAAGAUGCCGAAAUGGACGAGCUAGAAGAGGAGGAAGAGGUUGAGGAGAGUGUAAUGGGUGAUGGAGAUCAAGAUAGCGAUCCACAGGAAGGUACAUCAACUGCGGUUCGUGUCAAGAAAGUUGGAAAAAAGCGAGCAGAGAAGUUGAAACGGAAAGAACAUAUGAGGCAAUACCGAGAAUAUCUCGAUAGUCAGCGAGAGGCUCGAAAGUACAACGACGAAAUUGAAGAAGAAAGAUACCGUCAGCGAAAGAUUGCAGAAUCGAUAGAACGCGAGAGAGAGCAUGAAAAACGAUUGAAAGCGCAGGCGCAGCAACAACAGAAAUUGGACAAGGAGCGAGAGAAGAAACACAAGUUGGAAGAAAAAGAGCAAAAAAGACUGCAAAAUAUUUUACAAAAGUAUAGAGACAAGAUCAAGCGAACUGUACAGGACUGCAAAUAUACAACAAUAGAGCAGUUGUCGAAGGCGAUUCACAUUUCUGAUCAGGAUACGAUAUAUAUCUUGAAGCAGCUUCUUAUUGAUGAUCCGCAAUUUCGAUUGUCGCUGUUUGAGGAAAGCAAUAUGAGUUUCCUAUAUGUUACUGAUGAAGACUAUGCACGAUUGAAUGCAUAUAUGCAGAAAACCGGAUAUUUCAGCAUAGAAAAAGAUGCUGAAAAUAUCAUCAGCAUACUGACUCAAUAAAUGAUCAGUUAUUGUAUGUUGAGCUUCUCAAUGAUUUCUCGUAGACCUUCCAGUAUUUGCAUUUCUGAUUGCUCACUAGCCUGUGACGAAGCGCUGGCACCUGGUCCGCCGUUAGGAUGUAAUGCAAUGCUUGAUAGUUUGUUCGAUAGAUCAUCCAACUCAAUCAUCUGGCUGGAAUUCGCUGAUGAAGUAGAUGGAGAUUUUAUCAUGUAUGUCUUCAAAAUCUGUAUAAUCUAUUGAUAAUCUUCUUGUCAGACAUUGCUUACUGC